ACUCCACGUCCUGGCAGCGUUCCCCAGAAGUACAAACACACACACACACACACACAGAGCUCCCAUUGUUACAGCCUUCUCCAGCCCACUGAUCCUAAUAUGGAAUGCAGCAGGAAACCCAUGAUUUCCUGACACUCGGCAAGCUGGAGGAAGCAAGGGAAAACUCCAUGAAAAAGCCCAGCUUUCCUCCAUGUUAGAUAUGAAGUGGAAAAUGGGGAAGAUUUAGCAAAAUUCCACUGUGUCUUCAGCCAGGCUGGGAGAACAGGAGAGCAGAGUGAAACCCUCAGGCUGUUGACACUUCUAGACGGACAGGAAGCCCCUAGAAUCGGUGAAAAUGAGGGUUUCUUAACUCAAACUGCUGGGGGAAAGGGACAGACCCCUUUCAUCAACAUCAGCGUGUUACCUUUCUUGACCAGGAUGGUCAGCCAGAGGGCACAUGCCAGCCACUUGGGACAAGUCUGCGCCACCCGAGGUGCCCAGAGUGAGACAGCCUGAUCUCAAGCCUGCCGCUUGUGCACGGGCUCUGGGAGAAGCGGGAGAAGCAGCAGCAGCCGCGCGGUCACGGUCACGGCAGCCGGAACCGCCAGAAUGAACGGCAAGGAGGCAAGCGACGGCAGCUGCGGCUGCGGCGGCCGCGAGGAGAAGAAGAUGCUCAAGUGCGUGGUGGUGGGGGACGGCGCCGUGGGCAAAACCUGCCUGCUCAUGAGCUACGCCAACGACGCCUUCCCGGAGGAAUACGUGCCCACUGUGUUCGACCACUACGCAGUUACUGUGACAGUGGGAGGCAAGCAACACUUGCUUGGACUGUAUGACACCGCAGGACAGGAGGACUACAACCAGCUGAGGCCACUGUCCUACCCCAACACGGAUGUGUUUUUGAUCUGCUUCUCGGUGGUAAAUCCUGCCUCUUACCACAACGUCCAGGAGGAAUGGGUGCCGGAGCUGAAGGACUGCAUGCCUCACGUGCCUUAUGUCCUCAUAGGGACACAGAUUGAUCUCCGAGAUGACCCCAAAACCUUGGCCCGUUUGCUGUAUAUGAAAGAGAAACCUCUCACGUACGAGCACGGCGUGAAGCUUGCAAAAGCGAUUGGAGCGCAGUGCUACUUGGAAUGCUCGGCCCUGACUCAGAAAGGUCUCAAAGCAGUUUUUGAUGAAGCGAUCCUCACCAUCUUCCACCCCAAGAAGAAGAAGAAACACUGCUCCGGCUGUCACAACUGCUGUUCAGUUAUCUGAGGCGGCUAGAGACCCGCCUCCACCCCAUCGAAGGGUGAGAAGGGCAGCCAACCUCUGGGACCAAGCUCCAGCCCAAAGGAGGGCAUGACCAGAGAGGAAGUCUCGGACACGGAGACCUGCUCCUCCGCCCUGUGAGCCCUCCUGAGCACAGCACACUAUCAGCCAACUGCCCCGUCCUGCCAACCAGCCAGAAGUAUCCACGCUGCACACUCUACGAGAACACUGAGCCCGGGUUUCAGCCAGUGCCGCUGCUGACCAUGUUGGAAAUGAAGUCUAAGGCCACCUUGCAUUUGGCAUCUCCCCCUCCAAGAAUAAGAAGCUGAUAGGAAAUCAUCACAGGAAAACUAAAAACAAAACUCAGUUCCAUAUUGGCGGCCUUACUUGAUGUCUUUUACAAACCGUGGAAAUGCAAUACUAACCUUUUUCCUGAAUCUGCUGUUCUACUCUGUGUCUUACAUUCAUUUGUAUUAUUUUAAGAAAUUUACUAAUUUACCAGUUUACUCAGGCCUUACAAAUCCAUACAGAAUUAGCCUAAAGACAAAGGAUUUUGUAUUAAUUUCUCUUUUCAGCACGUUUCUACCAAAGAUAUUUGAACCAACAUGUACCUCUGAAUACCUGACUCUAAGAAGAUACAAGAAAACAUUGAAACUUUUGGAAAUAUACAGAGCCAUGACUUUUGAGCCUGGUUGAAAGAAAACACCAGCUGAAUUGCUGUAGGUCCACAUUUUUGCCUAAGAUUCGCCCCAGAAAUGCCUGUAUUGAUAGGUAGCUUUAUUUUUCCCACAUUACAUUGUCAUGGAAAAUUACAGAUGAACUGUGUUUAAGAAAGUAGUGUUGUUGCUUUUCAGUCAAAUUGAUUGGGGAGAGAAAAUGGUAGGCCUCUCUUUUAAAAUACUCUUUAUUCAGCAAAGGGAAUUUUCUUGCUCCCUACCUUCCCCAUCGCAUGCCCUCUUCCUCUCUUGAUUUCACGCUCUCUCCCACUCCCAAUAGUAACCUGACUCCCAAGAAGGACCUGGCCAUGGGGCAUGAAGAAGCUAAGUGUUUAGAAGGUCCCAGAAGUUAAGCAAAGUGCCUCUAUUUUCCCUCUAGCCUCAACUGAAAAUGCUUCUCGGCUUGCCCCGUGGGAGCUCCCGUUCUCUUUAAAUGAUGUUUUCCAAGUACUACUGGUACUAAAAUAUUGCCUCUCCCUCUUUCCUGUCCUCAUUGUCCCAAAUGUGUAUUUCAGGGCUAGAUCCCUGGGUGCUGAGCUCUGCAUCCAUCUAUCCCCUGCUUCCAAACUGAUGUGCUCCCUGGAUCAGGGACUUUGGCCUUGGGGAAGUGACUCUUCCCAAACAUCCAGGGAGUUUUGUGUCGCAGAGUGAGUUAUUGCCUAGCUUUUACUUAGAGACUGUGAAAGUUUCUAAUUGGUCUUAUUUGCUUACAGUUACCCUGAACACACCCAGGUAGGCACUUAAUUUUUUUAUUUCAAUUGCAUAAGCAAAGUGCCUCUUUGCCAUGUGAAAUUACACCAGUUUUAGUUUAAGAAUUACCAGAUUCACACUCCUGUUGGAAAAAUCCAGUCUUUCCAGUCCCUUCUGCUCCUAGAGGAAGCACAUAAAAAAGCAUAUGGCGUGGGUCUUUUCUGUUAAGACCCUCCAUGACACCCCCUCAGUUUUUUGGGUUUUGUUUUUUUAGGAUUUCUUAAAUGUGCUUUCCCUUCUUCCACAUUUCAAGUUUGAUUUCCCUUUUCCCUAUCUGGUUGCUAAACAUUUUCUUAGACACACACACACACACAAACCUAAAAGAAAACGGGAGUUUUGUAAGUCAAAGCUUGACAUGUAGAGAAAACAAGGACUUUCUCUCUUUGUAAAUGGAAAUGAACCGUGUAUAAACUGUAACUCUGCAGAGGGUAUGAAUUCAUCCUUUAGAAACAAUAAUGAGCAUUUAGCCCUAUAAUAAAUGAAGUGCUGUUA